UCAUUGUCACAUAACCAAAAACACUAGAAAUUAUAACUCAAACGAAAAUCUCCUUUAAUCAAAUUACCCCAAAAAAAACUAGAAUGGCUCAAGCAGUGACUUCGAUGGCAGGGUUACGUGGCGCAUCUCAGGCCGUUCUUGAAGGAAGCCUCCAGAUCAACGGCUCAAACCGUCUGAACAUCUCCAGAGUCACGGUUGGGUCUCAAAGAACCGGACUUGUGAUCAGGGCUCACCAGAACGAGUCUGUACCGGAAAGUAGUCGCCGGUCAGUGAUAGGGCUCGUAGCAGCUGGUUUAGCCGGUGGUUCGUUCGUUAAGUCUGUCUUCGCCGAAGCUCUUUCGAUUAAAGUGGGCCCUCCUCCACCUCUUUCCGGUGGUCUCCCUGGAACAGAUAACUCAGACCAAGCAAGAGACUUUUCAUUGGCAUUGAAAGACAGAUUUUACUUGCAGCCAUUGUCACCAACAGAAGCUGCAGCGAGGGCCAAAGAAUCUGCUAAAGAGAUCAUUAACGUUAAGUCAUUAAUCGACAAAAAAGCUUGGCCUUACGUUCAGAACGAUCUCCGUUUAAGAGCAUCUUACCUCCGUUACGAUCUUAACACCGUUAUCUCUGCUAAGCCUAAGGAAGAGAAACAGAGUCUCAAAGAACUCACCGGCAAGCUCUUCCAAACCAUCGACAACCUGGACUAUGCGGCGAGGUCAAAGAGCAGCCCGGAUGCUGAGAAGUAUUACUCAGAGACUGUCUCGAGUUUGAACAAUGUUCUUGCCAAGAUCGGUUAAAGAAGGAAAGAUUUGUUCUGUAAUGUAUUGUUGUUGAAGCUAUCAUUAUCAUUAUCCAAGUACUCUGUCUUCUUCCUCCUCUUUCUAUCUGAUCAAUUCGAGUAUUUCUAAUAUCAUGAGUCUCAAGAUUUAACCAA